AUGUCGGGCGUAUCGCAGGCUCUUGAAGCCCUCUACAAGGCACCAUCUGCCGAAGAAUGCUACGUUGCAGCAGAGAAGCUUGCCGAACGCAUCAACAACAACGGUCUUCGCGUACUUCAGUCCGAAGGCACCCUUGACAGCCUCAUCAAGGCCUCGAGAAACAAAAAGAGCGGUUACGAGCGCGAAGCCGCUGCUAUCGGCCUCAAUGCCAUCUUUGUCAAGGUCGGAGGCAAGAAUGCCCCCUCACCCCUUGGCGCAGAGCCAUGGCUUCUUUCCACUCUUCCUGCUAUCCUCGAACUCUACGCAGACAAGGGCGAUGUCGUUCGUCAGGCCGCCGAAACCGCGGCUGGUUCGCUCCUCUCCCUGGUUCCCCCUGAGGCGGCUCCCGAGUUUCUUGCUGUUCUCUAUGAAGUGCUUGGCUCCGGUAGCGCAAAGUGGCAGGCCAAGGUUGGCGCACUCAAGCUUCUUGGUCGCCUCAGUGGAUCGGCUAGCGAGCAGAUCGGCGACCAACUCGUCGAACUUAUCCCCUACCUCACCAAGGCCAUGCACGAAACCAAGGCAGAGAUCUCCAAGCAGGCACGAAAGACGGCCAUCAAGGUCUGCGAGUCGUGCCUGGACAACAAGGACAUCCGCCCUUUCAUUCCGGAUCUGGUCGGCUGCAUGGCUCAACCUGACGCCGUGCCCGAGUGUAUCAAGAAGCUCUCCGGAACCACGUUUGUCGCCGAGGUUACUGGCCCUGCGCUUGCCGUCAUGGUUCCCCUGCUCGCUCGUGCUCUGAAUGAGCGAAGCCAGAACGUCCAGCGACAGGCUGUUGUUGUGGUUGACAACCUCUGCAAGCUCGUUCGCGACCCUCACGAGGCGGCCAAGUUCUUGCCCGAGCUCACUCCUGGUGUCGAGCGAAUCGAAAAGGGUGCCAGUUUCCCCGAAGUUCGUGAGCACGCAAAGAGCGCCCUCGACACGCUCACUGCUGCUACUGCUGCUGUGGGCGAGGCGGCGACCACCGAAGACCCCAAGAAGGUCUUUGAUCAACAGCGCGGUGCAGCUCUCGAUGCUAUCAUCGCCGCUGUUCAGCCCCACGUGCCUGAGGAGCACGCCAACCUCAAGAGCGACACUUUUGCACUUACCGGCGUGGAAUACCUUGCCAAGUCGAUUGUGCGUCUCGCCAACAAGCGCGUACUUCAUGCCAGCGCCUGGGAUGACGUCUAUGUGCAGCCAUAUCUGCGCCGAAUUUGCAAGGACGCCGACGCUGCUCAGGCUGCUACGGCCGAGCUGCGCAAGACGUACAUCGAGUUGGACAAGGCACGCUUCGGCAACUCGGAAGAGGAAGAUGACGACGAGGCGGGCGAGUGCCUCUGCCGUACCGAGUUCUCGCUCGCCUACGGCGGUCUGCUGUUGCUCAACCACACCACACUCAAGCUGUACCGCGGUCACCGAUACGGCAUUGUUGCCGCCAACGGAAGCGGCAAGUCGACCUUGCUGAAAGCCAUGCGCGACGGCAAGGUCGAGGGCUACCCGUCGCAGGACCAGGUGCGUACGCUCAUGGUGGAGCACAGUCUGCAGGGUGAAGACGGAUCGACGCCCAUCAUCGACUUUAUCGCCAACGACAAGAAGCUCGUCGGCAAGUCUCGCGACGAGGUGGCACAGAAACUGCGCGAAGUCGGCUUUGACGAUGAGAAGCAAAAGAACCCUGUCGCCUCGCUCUCUGGUGGUUGGAAGAUGAAGCUUGAGCUGGCACGUGCCAUGCUCUCAGAUGCCGUGGUGUACUUGCUCGACGAGCCCACGAAUCACUUGGAUGUUCAGUCGAUCGCUUGGCUCGAGAACUUCCUGGUGACCAAUAACCAGAUCACGGUUGUCACUGUCUCGCACGACUCGGGCUUCCUGGACAACGUCUGCACCGACAUUAUCCACUACGAGAAGAAGAAGCUGCGCUACUACAAGGGCAACCUCUCGGACUUUGUCAAGACCAAACCAGAGGCAAAAGCCUACUACUCGUUGGCCGCCACCACGGUCAAGUUUACCUUUCCUCCACCCGGUUCGCUGAUGGGUGUGCGCUCCAACACGCGUACCAUCCUCAAGAUGUCCAACUGCACGUUUACAUACCCUGGCAUGACCAAGCCGUCGUUGAACGACACUUCGUGUGCAAUCAGCCUUUCGAGUCGAGUGGGUGUGCUGGGACCCAACGGUGCCGGUAAAAGUACGCUGAUCAAGGUGCUAACGGGUGAGACAGUGCCACAGCAGGGUAAGGUGGAAAAGCACCCGAAUCUGCGUAUCGCCAUGAUGGCGCAGCACGCAUUCCACCACUUGGAGCAGCAUCUAGAAAAAACGGCGGUGGAAUACAUUGCCUGGCGAUACCAGGACGGCCAUGAUCGAGAGAUGACCGAAAAGGCAUCGCGAAAGAUGACAGACGAGGAAAAGGCGCAGAUGGAGACGCCGAUCAAGUCGACCACGGGCGAGUCGCGCCGAGUCGAGUACAUUGUUGGACGACAGAAGCUCAAAAAGUCGUAUCAGUACGAGAUCAAGUGGGUUGGCUACGAGCACCGAAACAACUCGUGGAUCCCGCGUGAGCGUCUGCUUGAGUUGGGCUUCAGUAAGCUCGUGCAGCAAUUUGACGAUUUCGAGGCGUCUCGAGAAGGUGCCGGUUCGCGCGAGAUUAGCGUCAAGCUGAUCCGACAGCAUCUUGAGGCGGUUGGUUUGCAAGGAGAGAUUGCGCAGCACCAUGCAGUGGGAGGUUACUCGGGCGGUCAGAAGGUCAAGGUGGUGUUGGCAGCUGCCAUGUGGAAUAACCCGCAGGUGCUGGUGCUCGACGAGCCAACCAACUACUUGGAUCGAGAUGCGCUUGGUGGAUUGGCGACGGCGAUUCGCGAUUGGGCGGGUGCGGUGGUGAUCAUCUCGCACAACAUGGAGUUUGUCGGUGCUCUUUGUCCCGAGAUCUGGAACGUGGACCACGGACGCAUUGUUUCGAGAACCAAAGCGCAGCUGGCCGAGGGAGCCUUCUUGGACGAGAUGGAGAAUGCAUCGACGCCAGGAGCGUCUGUGCCAGGCACACCGAUGCCAGGCAGCACGGUGGCGUCUCGGCUGGCGUCGAAAGCAGGUACUCCAGCUUCGUCGGCGGCGCCUACACCUGCGGGUUCAGGCGACGAAGGUGACCAGGACAUGUCCAAGUUCAAGGCCAAGAAGGGCAAGAAGAAGCUCACGCGUAACGAGAAGAAGGCACAGGAGGAGCGACGUCGACUGCGUCUGAGCCGCUGGCUCACAUACGGUGGCGAGCGCGAACCCGACACGGAUGACGAGUAA